AUGACAUCAUCCUCCCCCACGAAGCAGCUCUUCGAGCUCUGUGUUGAAGCAAUAUCAACAAUUCAAAGCGAAUGCAAUUCGAUACUAUCCGUGACAGAUCCACCCAAUGAAUUGUUUCCAACAGGAUUAGUAGGGUGUGGCCCUGCUUUAAUUGAUCUACUAUCUCGACAGGCGGCUCAGAUCAGUAUUUACUAUCAAGAAUUGAAGCCUACAGAAAUAAGCACAGCUCAAAGUCCACCAGAAGAGCAAAAGUUAUCGUUGGAACGAUUAUCUGAUCUUGUUUCAAUUUCUUACUCCAAGUUCUACGCAUAUCUUUUCAAAGACCUCCCGGUUUGCUGGCGGCAACUCUAUACUGAUGCUAGCAUCUUGAAAUUCUGUCUUAUCCUCCUCUGGACGCCUUGCAUAUAUGAUCGUGCUGUAGAAGGUAUUAAAACUUCUCGUGGGCAGGUAGAUAAGGCAGGCCGUCAGAUUACUCAACUCGUCAAACUUCUCGAUUUUGCAUUAAUUCUUGCUGGGGCCGCUGGUGAACAGAGAGGCAGAAAAUGGAUCAAUAGAGCUAUUGAGCUACUCCAAGAGGUCGGGAACGAACUGGGUAUCGAUACAGGUGCGCUGGAGGAACUCAAUGUUAUAUUUUCGACGAUCGAACCAUUUACACCACCUGUAAAUCGCCCCAUCCAAUGUACCGAUUCUUUAUCCAUCGAGGCAUUCCAGGCAUAUAUGGAUAAUCACCGAGAUUCAAAAUUAGGACCGGAGCCGCUUAUCAUACGUGGUGUUAUUGGUGACUGGCCAGCUUUAACUAAGAACCCCUGGAAUAAACCAUCGUAUCUUCUCUCACAAACUUUUGGGGGUCGUAGGCUUGUGCCGAUUGAGAUUGGCCGUAGCUAUGUUGACGAAGGCUGGGGUCAGAAACUUAUCACUUUCGGUGAGUUCUUACGCGGAUAUAUUGAUCCUUCCCUUCCUCCUGUCUUGGAUAGCCUCGUCGGUGACAAUAUUUCUGCUUCGUCACAAGGGAAAUCAAUUGCAUACUUAGCCCAGCAUCCUUUAUUCACUCAACUUCCCGGUUUAAGGAACGAUAUCCUCAUUCCGGAUUAUUGCUAUACCGCUCCGCCUCCGCACCCAACAGAUCCCAGCAUUGACCAGCCAGAACUUGAUGAGCCGCUUCUUAAUGCUUGGUUUGGGCCUCCGGGUACUAUUACGCCAUUGCACACCGAUCCAUAUCAUAAUAUAUUAACACAGGUGGUGGGGCGUAAGUAUGUACGGCUCUAUUCACCCUUGAAUACGGAAUGUAUGAAAGCACGAGGGAAAGAGAACGGUGUCGAGAUGGGAAAUACUAGCUUAAUGGACGUUGGAGUAGUCGAAGGGUGGGAUGAGAUACCCGAUGAUGAGAAAGACGAACUUAGCGAUGAGGACUUCACUAGUUUUAAAGAGAUACCGUUUCUAGACUGUAUCCUUGAGCCUGGUGAUGUCCUCUACAUCCCCAUCGGGUGGUGGCAUUAUGUUCGUGGAUUAAGUGUAAGUUUUAGCGUGAGCUUUUGGUGGAAUUAA